AUCAUUUCAAGCAACAGAAUCAGAGGUUGUUUAGCUGCCUCUGCUGUAACAACAUGCGAUGCUCUCAGAAGGAAUACCUGGCGAUGCACGCUUGGGGAAGCUGUAGAUAUGUCUGAUAUCCACCUAUACAUGCCAGGAAGGAUGGACCCGGCGCAAGAGAGUCAGUCAGCAGUUGCCAAUUUGGCGGAUUCCCCCCACUCGAAGAGUCCACUCGCUGCAUCAGACAACGCAUUUUUGGAGUAUCUACAUCGAUGUUCAGAUUCAGUGCUCAGGAAGAUUUCUCUCCAUCUGGAAGAACUCAUUGAUUAUCCCCGUCUGACUCGGUUUUUAGAUCCAUCAUUAAUCAAGAAAGUAUGUGGUCUCGCUGGGCAGGAUGGCGUUGUUCGUUCAUUUUUGUCCUCCUACUAUGUUAUUAUCUCGGAUCUCUUGCUGCUCUGACAGCAGUUCCAGAUCCGGACACCCCUCAUACAUCUCCAGAGCUGGAUCCGGUAUCUAUAUCAACAACCAGUGACUGGCUGAAUUUAUUGGGCAAGAUUGAGAGCUUUGUCAGGUCGCAAUUCCGUUUUCUAAGCCGCAUCACACCUUCUCUAGAGAGCGGAUUCCCGAGCAUUUUCCAGAUGUUUCCUACCGCUCAAGAUCUAAGGCAGAGUGUCAAUACCUCAGAAACAUUCCUCCAGCAUGUGGCCACAGAAGUCCUUACUAUAUCGCCAUAUGGGAACUGGACUGACCAAGGAUGGAGUCUGAGGUUUCGCGGAAGUGUUUACAAGCAACCCAAUAUUGCGGAUAGAAUGUUACACACCCUUGCAAGCAUGUUUUUACUCGGUGCUUCGAUUAAAAAGCUCCCCCCAGCAAAUUAUGCGCACUCCCUCAAUAUGACACGAAGCGUGUUUAUUCUGAAACAAAGUCAUACGAAAGUCUCGUUUCAUGUGACCCCUGACACGUCUCUGGACGCUCAUAGUGAAGACACAUUGCUUUGGACGGAAGGGCAGGACAUUGAGGUCCCCGGCGUCACGAAUAUGGAAGGCGAUUUCGAUUCAUUUAUCGAGAUUAAGAACGUGUCAGGGGCGUUUCCGAUACCUGGAAACGAAACUCGCAAAACGCAGCGUCUCAAAUUGCAUGCGUAUGGGACGGAUACUGGAAAUGCCACAGCGUACCUCAUUCCACCCGAAGGGCUCACGCUGAUUAGUGAUAUCGAUGAUGUCCUUCGAGUGUCGAAAAUAUUCUCAAUAAGGGAAGGGCUGAAUAACCUCUUUGGCCGACCUUUUGUUCCCUGGAUGAAUAUGCCUGAGAUAUAUGCGAACUGGUCAAGAAGCCUGCCGGAUCUACACUAUCACUACCUAACAACAACUCCCGAACAACUGACUCGCCCUUACAUGGAUUAUAUCUUCAAGACGUAUCCGACCGGCACUUUUGAUACUAGAAUUGUGAAUUUCACUGAUUUAGGAGCGACUUUGUCAAUCCGCGAGUUUUUGCUUGAUAAGGUCUUCCAGACUUUUCCAAAGCGAAAAUUCAUCAUUGUAGGAGAUACAACAAAUUUGGAUAUCAUGUCAUCAUAUCCCCAACUUGUGACAAAAUACCCCGGCCAGGUCCAGUGUAUACUCUUGAGAAACACAUCAGCUUCGGACAGCAGCAAUCGUGUACCAUACAAUACCAAGUGGUUCAAAGGACUAGACCAACAAAUGUACAUGUUUUUUCGCGUUCCUGAUGACCUCAAGGGGCUGGCUAUAGAGGACGGGCGAUGCUAUAAUGCAUCCAUUCCCCAAAAUGUUACUUUCGGAUGGCAAGGCCUUCCUUUUGGCAGCAACCCAUGAUUUCAAUAAAACGUGUAUUUCUCGAAGGACAUAUCUGGGGACUCCCUUCUUUAUUUCAUGGCGUUUUGAAUUUAUCAUGUGUGUGUCUGUUUCGAGCUUCCGUUGCAGGUUAAAUUGCGAACCAGUCCUGCUCAUGCGAAUGAUUUCUUAUUCUAUCGUUAUAACUGAGCUCGGUACUUAGCUUAUUUUUCAAUAAUGAAUGAUGAAUUUUAAUCUCAGUUGAAACAGAUUCUUUUCUAUUCUGUUUUUUUCUUUUCUUUUUUUUCCAUUUUUU